CCGGCGGCCGGCCGACGCCCCCGCUAGCAGUAUGCUGACAUGGACGCAGGAUCAAAGCAGAAUCAGCACCCGGGAAUCAAUAGAUUUGAAGUUUCUUGAGAUCUGGAAUAGUAUUAUUUCGCAAGAUGUCUAACAUGAAGACAAUGAACCCUGAGCUGAAGCAGUUCUUGAGGAGGAACAAGGUGCCUGAUGUCUAUGAGGCUCUCUUAACUGGUCUAGCUGUGGUAUGUCCAGAUGAUCCACAUCAAUACCUGAUUGAAAAUCUUUCCGAACUGCUUAGACAGCGAGAAGAAGAUGUCCACGGACUGGAAUCUCUGAAGUGGGACUCCCUUGUGCCUGAUGAAUUGAAGCCAAAGAAGAAAAUAUUUGGAGCAGCUUACCUUGAUAAUAUAUAUCUACUGGAUGAAGAGAACCUCCAUCCGUGGGAAUGGAUGCCACACCCUGAGUUAUAUCAGAAGGCCUACCAGUGUUAUAACAAUAGAUUGGUCACCAUGACAUUCAACGCCUGGUUCAAGUAUCACCUCCGAAAGAAGGCAAAGCGUGAAUGGCUGGCUCGGAAGAUGAAGGAGGCUGCUGAUUACUAUUUCUUGAGAAAGCAGCGGGUUCACUUCAAGAUCUGGUCUGACUGGCAUCACUUUAGAAUGCAGAGACAAGAGAAGGCCUUCAAUAUCAUCCAGCAUGCGUACAAUGUUUCUUUGUCUCGACUUGUGUUUGAAGCCUGGCACAAUGUCAUGCAGGAAUCCAGACGGACUAAAGAAUAUUUUGAGAGGUUAGAGAGGGGUGAAUUGGAUGGAGAGGAGGACACACUGGGUCCUAGAGGAGAAGCUAGAGAUGACAUCUCAUUAUUGCCAAGAAGAGUAGCCAUCAAGAUCUUUGGCUACCUUGAUCUUGUUGACAUCAGUAGAUGUUCUCAGGUUUGUCGUUCGUGGAAGAUGAUCACAAGUAAUACCUCUCUAUGGAGUUGGGUGGACUUGUCAAAGACAAAGAACAUUGUGACUGACAAUGUGGUGACAAGUCUCCUUCAGCAUUACAGACCCUAUGUUCUUCAUCUCAACAUCAAAGGAUGCACCAUGCUCACCAAACCAAGCUUCAAAGCCAUCGGUCAAUGUCGUAACUUGCAGGAUCUAAACUUAUCCGAAUGUCCAGGACUGAAUGACGAUACCAUGAAGUAUGUAGCCGAAGGCUGUUCUGUCUUACUCUAUCUCAAUCUCUCCUUCACCAACAUCACAGAUGCUACACUAAGAUUAUUAGCUAGAUGCUGCAGCAAUCUACAGUACCUGAGCCUUGCAUAUUGCAAACGAUACAGUGACAAAGGGCUUCAAUAUCUUGGGACUGGCAAAGGAGGAAGGAGAUUAGUCUAUCUGGAUAUGUCAGGGUGUCCUCAGGUAACCGUGAAUGGCUAUAAGAAUAUAUCAGGCGGGUGCCCGAAGCUGCAGCAUCUUAUUAUCAAUGAUUGCUUUACUCUGAGAGAUGACAUGAUCAUUGCUUUGGCAGGCAACUGUCCUAACAUCCGCAGCGUGUCCUUCCUCUACACGCCCAACAUCACAGAUGGAGCUCUGAAAGCAUUGGCUGCUCAUCGAAAACUACAACAGAUUAGAAUUGAAGGGAACUGUAAAAUAACAGAUGCCUCCUUCAAGCAGCUUGGUAAAUACUGUGCUGAUUUGAGACACAUCUACGUGAGUGAUUGCCCAAGGAUUACUGACGCUGCGCUGAAAUCUCUAGCUACAUGCAGAAACAUCAAUGUCCUCAAUGUGGCAGAUUGUAUCAGGAUUAGCGACAAUGGUGUGAGGAAUCUUGUUGAAGGUCCUUCUGGUCCUAAACUGAGAGAGAUGAACCUAACAAACUGUGUCAGGGUCACUGAUGUAUCUAUCAUGAAGAUCACUCAGAAAUGCUACAGCCUAGUAUAUGGUUCAUUUUGCUUUAGUGAGCACAUCACCGAUGCUGGGGCCGAGAUGUUAGGAAACAUGCCGGCUCUCUCAUCUCUAGACAUCUCAGGGUGCAAUAUCACAGACACGGGUCUUGGUGCAUUAGGUAACUGCUAUCACCUGCGUGACGUGGUCCUAUCAGAGUGCCAUCAGAUCACAGAUCUAGGCAUCCAGAAGUUUGCCCAGCAGUGUAGAGAUCUGGAUCGACUGGACAUCUCUCACUGUCUGCAGCUCACUGAUCAGGCCAUCAAGAAUCUGGCGUUUUGCUGUCGCAAGCUCUCCUUUCUCAACAUUGCAGGCUGUAGUCAGUUAAGUGACAUGAGUAUCCGGUACAUAUCGGGUGUUUGCCACUACCUCCAGUCUUUAGAUUUCUCUGGUUGUAUCAAAGUAAGCGAUGAUUCGAUGCGUUUCCUUCGCAAAGGUUUAAAGAGACUUCGGAGCCUUAUUAUGCUGUACUGUAAUCUCAUCACAAAGCCGACCAUCAACAAGCUGUCUGCCAAGAUUGACAAGGUUGUUUGGAGCGACGACCCCAUCCCCAAUCACUUUGGGCCUGGCUUUGACUACCUCAACGCACUCUCCCUCUGCAAAGCUGCCAUGGAGAAGGAGAAAGAAGAAAAUGGGGAUAAAGAUGAGAGAGACAAAGAAGAGGUGGAAGAGAAAGACGGUGAAGAUAAGACUUUGGUAGAGCCUAAAUCAAGCGAGACCUUAGAUAGCUCGUCUUCGCAUGAGAUGAACAGAGCAACCGUCCUCCUCGCGCAAAGUGAUAUUACACCAGAAAGUUAGCUGGGUGUAACAGGCUUGUGUCAUCACAUUGGGUUAUCGCGUCGGGUCGAGCAAAGCCCCUCCCCCUAAACUCCUGAAAGGUCGGGUCCAGUUUACCUGAUGA